AUGACCAGGAGUGAAAAGAUGGAGGGAGACCUUCGGGCUCUUUUGCAAGCAUCUUCCACACGCUUGGUGGAAAGGAGAGAUCUCGUGGGCUGUUCUGCAUUUUCAGGGACGACCAAGUCAGUCCUGAGAGGAAAAAAAGUUGCUUUAGAAGGAGAAAAAUUGCUACUUCGUAGAGUUCAAUGUGAUCUGGCCGAGUCCGAGACCUCGCCGACCCGAGAGGUGCGGUGGAGAUGUGGUGCGGGGAGAGAGCCACGACGGGACGGAGUGGCACCGAGCGGGCAGCGACGGGGGCGGUGUGGCCAGCAAGAAAUGAUGUGCUGUGGACGAUUAAUACCCAACCCCUCGGUCCCGGCAAACUGUGGCGCCGGCCCGCUACCGCCCGCCCUCUCCCAUCCGCCAGCAAGGCUGAACCCCGCGGAACCCAGACCUCGCGGGCCGGGCCGGGCCGGGCUGGCAGAGACCGCAGUAUAUUUCACGGGUCACCGGUGUCAGUAUUUAUUGGGUACGCCUGGAGCGCGGCCUGCUCGGCCCCGGCUGGAGCCGAGCGAAGGAGCGGACGGACCGAGCCCGACGGCCCCGCGCUGCUCCGGCGGCCGCGCAGGAGAAGCGGAGCCCCAGCGGGAGCGGCGCGGGGCUGAGCGGGCAGCGUGGAGCCCGGCUCCGGCCGCCGGUGACACGAGGGAGAGCGCAGGGGAGGAGAGUGCCCGAUCGUUCCCGAGCCCUCCAACUCACAGUGAGGAGCGCGGCGGGCACGGGCCGGGCGGGCCCGAGCGGACCUGUCUUCCCUGGCAGGCCGCGGACAGCGGCGUCCAGCACUCGGACCCCGGGCCCACCCCGCCGCCUGCGUCCUCUCCGGACGAUGGUUUUGUUUUCUCCCUCGGUAAAACAACAAACAGAAAUAACCGGGCCUGGGAAAAUAAACUCGCCGAGAGACUUCGGCUAGAUCCGCAAAGUAGUGCCUCCGCCGCCAACGUGCUUGAUACUGCGGUCCAACUGCGCUGCCGCUGCCGGUGGUGCCGUCGCCGCCGCCGCCUCGGCCACCGCCGCCGCUCCGGCCGCCACCUCCUCCGCCGCCCCGCGCGCAGCUCCCUCGGCCGCUGCAACUUUCCCCCUCAGACGAGUGUGUGA